AUGGACUCUCUUCUUCCCCCUCCUCCUCUUCGAUCCGCUGACCAGUACCGGAAUUGGCUGGAUCUUCCCCGGGAGGUGACGGCCUCAAUCCUUAAGAGGCUUGGCGUCAUAGAGAUCCUGACAAGCGCUCAGAAGGUGUGCUUGCUAUGGCGUAGCAUCUGCAAGGACCCCUCCAUGUGGCGCAUGAUCAACACGGGCUACGUCCGGAACCUAUGGAGCAUUCCCUACGACCUUGAGCAGAUGUGUCGCCACGCUGUUGAUCGCAGUUGCAGCCAAUUGGUGGGGAUUAAAGUUGGUUGGUUUUGCAUGGACGGUCUCCUCAAGUACAUCACUGAGAGUUCAAGUAGGCUCAGAUACCUUGAAGUUGCAAGGUGCUCCAUUAUUUCAGAUAAGGAAUGGAGUGAGGCUGUUGCAAAUAUUCCAUUAUUGGAGGAGCUUGAACUUUCAUACUGUUCUUGGAACACUGAAAAAAUUCUGGAAGCUGUGGGCCGAAGUUGUCCCCAUUUGAAAUCACUCAAAUUGAGAAGUGAGGUUUAUUGGAGAGAUCCUUUCAAGGGGUGUGAUCUUUGGGCAGUUGCUAUGGCAGAGAAUAUGCCCGGAUUGGUCAGCCUCCUCCUUGUUGGGAAUAGGCUGACUAAUGAUGGUUUGCAGGCCAUACUUGAUGGUUGUCCUCACGUUCAAUCACUGGAACUUUGGUGUUGUCGUCAUGUCUCUAUGGAAGGGAAUUUUGGAAGAAAAUGUUCUGAACGGAUCAAGAACUUGCGGUUUCAUUACUUCAGUGACCAUGAAUUUGAGAAAAUACUGAUAAAUAGUGGAUAUUACGAUCAAGACGACAACGACUAUGAAAAUUUUGGGCUUGAAUAUAUAGAAGAUUGA